ACUUUUAUUGCGAAACGCUGCGUAAUCUUUAUGAUUUUGCGGGAUUUUGGACCUCAUUUUUGACUGUUUUAACCACGGUAAUGCUCAGAAAUCCGUUAUUCUUUUGUUUAGCCAUGUUGCAGGCACGACAGUUGAAGGCAGAUUCACUGCGUGUUAGCUUUACGCUAUAUUAGCCUUGGAGUCAGAAAGGCUAACAACCAAUGUUAGCUAAUUUUGCUACAUUGGUGGCAUUUAAGACACAUUCAUGUUAGACCUCUGCGUUAGACGCAAACUUUGGGAUUUAGCGUUAACAGCGUAUUGUACCCAGGCACGUUAACUCGGUUAACGUUAACUAACGUUAAUACUAAAAGUCGUAACGUUAGCUAACUGUUAGAUCGAAAUUGUGGAUAUCCCGAAAAUGAUCUUUCUGUCUUUCCCUUUAAAAUAACAUGUCUGCUUGGCUGCUGCACUGAGGUGGUUGGCUGCUACAAAUUGCACCCCAAUAAUGACAAUACAUUCCCAUCAAAACAUUUGUACAUUUUAACUUCUGCUGUUCUGAGUGAGUAUACUUUGAGGUGCAGAAAUUCAAACCACCACCAGAUGUCACCCUUAUGCCUCUUAAUGGAUGAAUGAAUACCUCACCUGUUGUCCCUUUAUUGUCCCUAGAUUUGCAAACAGGGUGUCAUCAUGUGAACAUGUCUUCAUUAGUGGCAUACGAAGAUUCAGAGUCAGAGGAUGAUUGUCUCGAUCAAACGGAGGAGGUAAUAUCAGCCUCUAUCCAAACUGGAUCUUGUGAGCAAAACCAAGAAGUCAGGCUGUGUAGUUUUACACCUGACCCUGACAGGUCAGUGUUGGACUAUCAUGGAAAAAGAAGCAGCUCUUUACUACACCCACAUUCACAGCCACAGAGCUGGUUUGACUGGGAAAGCAAAUAUUGCCGUGACGGGACAGCACAAGAAAAGCAUUUAAGAGAUGCUGCCGCUCCUCUGAGUUUACCUGCGACUCAGGGGCACAUCUCACCACCGCAGACUCUUCCUAACAUGCCACAAAGUUCCGCCGAUGGGUUGAACCCAGCAAAAAGAAACCACACUGUCCGGCCCGGUGUCAGACCGUACGUCCCUAAAAGACAGAGACUUGCCACUUCAGUAGGGACAGUGGACCUAAAGUACCCAGCAGAGCAAGUCCCAGGGAAUGUGACCAGGGAAAGCCAAAUUCUUUCAGAUGUGUCGGCGAGAGUGAAGCCCUAUCUUGCCCACAAGCCCGGCGCUUCGGGGAUACCGAGGAGGCUUCUGAUUAGCCUGGCAGGCCACCAGGGUCCGGUCAACACGGUGCGAUGGUGUCCUGUGCCUCAUCUCAGUCAUCUGCUGCUGUCCGCCUCCAUGGACAAGACUUUCAAGGUGUGGGAUGGAGCGGAGAGCGGGCGAUGCCUGAGGGUUUACACCUGCCAUUCGGGAGCUGUGCGUGACGCCCGUUGGACCCCCUGCGGCCGGCAGCUUCUCUCUGGCUCCUUUGACAACAUGGCUGUGAUCACAGACGUAGAGACGGGGCAGCAGGUAGUGAAAUUGGACAACCAGUUCAAAGUCAUGCGCGUGGUCCCGCAUCCCAGCAACCCAGAGGUAUUCCUGUGCGGUGGCCACAGUUCAACGGUCAAGGCCUGGGACUCUCGCAGCUGCAAGGUGGUGAAAGUGUACAAGGCAGGGAUCCAGCAGACCCUGGACAUGCUGUUUCUGAGAGGUGGUGUGGACUUCAUAACGAGCUCUGACUGCGUGAGCAGAGACUCUGCCGACCGCACCCUCAUCGCCUGGGACUACCAGACCACAGCCAAGGUCUCCAACCAGAUCUACCAGGAGCGAUACACGUGCCCCAGCCUGGCUCUCCACCCACUGGAGGAGUCUUUUGUUGCUCAGACUAAUGGGGACUACAUGGCAGUGUUCUCCUCCCAGCAGCCCUAUAGAAUGAACAAGAGGCGGCGAUACGAAGGACACAAGGUUGAGGGAUACGCGGUGCAGUGUGAGUUUUCUCUGGAUGGAACUAUCCUGGCCUCAGGGAGCUCCACCGGCUCCGCUCACUUCUACGAUUACCACAAUGCUCGUAUUCUGCACACUCUCCACGCCCACAGCCAGCCCUGCCUGUGCGUUUCUCAGCAUCCCAUCCUGCCCGCGACUGCGGCCACCUGCGACUGGGCCGGUGAGAUCAAGGUCUGGCACUGAGGACUGUGAAUGAACACGUAAAUAUGGACUGAAAAAGACCAAGAGAAGAUUAUAUGGAAGUAAAACCUUGUGUGCACAUCCAUCUGAAAGACUUAAUCUCCCAUAAUCUCUGUGCAUAAAAUGAUAAGAACUGGGCAAAACAAACCUCUCUAUGGUGUAAAUGUUUUUGUAAGCAUGUCCUUCUUAUUUGUCUAAUGGUUUUAACAUCCUGACAGGGAAAGAUACACUGCGUGAGAUAAACAGAAGUAUGAUUACAGCUCAAAGAGUGAACUAUUGUGAAGUGGUAGGCGGUAGCAGUUUAGGUGCGCACGCGCACACACACAAAUAACUUUAAUGAGUUUUGUAAUCAACUUUCACUCUAAAAACAGCAUGGGACUUCAACAUCAUGCUCUUGAAGUUUUUGUCAAAACAAAAAUAAAAAAUCUCUUCAGGCA